GGCCCGGGCGCCUGGGGUGGAGGGGGCCGGUGCAGCCACUGCUUGCUCCUGCCUUCUCCUCUAGAGCCCUGGGCGUAUUUCUGGUGGAGACGGAUGUAUCUAAGAGGCCAGACCAGUUUAAAAGACCAGAGGAUCCCCUUUGUCUUCUUUGCUUCCCUGACACUCCCAUGCUGUCAGUCUGCCUUCAUUUCUUGGUCUGUCUGUCCUCCUCUUUCUGAUUCUUUGUAUUCCUCCAGCUCCCUCACUUUUCCUUUCUUUUCCUGCCUGUUUGUACAAUCAUCACUCUCUCUUCUCAUCUUCACUUUAUCUCUCUUGUAGUUGCUUCCUCUCUGCACCUUUCUUUCUCUUUAAGUUUCUCAAGCUGUCUCUGUCCCUUUAAGGCUCUUGGUGUUCUCCUGGCAUUGAGGAGCAGGGCAGAUAUUGUUAGUUCUUCUAGGUAGGAGUCCCUCCUCACAGAAGGAAUCUAUGAAUCCUUGUCCCAUCUGGACUAUCACUGGACUGGAUGAGGAGGCCCUGAUCCUCAGCACACAGGGAGGCACCAUUCCCCUGCCCUUCUCUGGCCAGGUGGCAGAGAAGACAAAUCUGACCUUGAAAAUAGUGUGAUGCAGAAGAAAAUAAAAAUCCCCAAACUUUCUCUCAGUCACAUAGAAGAAGAUGGAGAGAUUAAAGAUUAUGGGGAAGAAGAUUUACAGCUUAGACACAUCAAGAGACCCGAGGGGCGGAAGCCGAGCGAAGUGGCACACAAGAGCAUUGAGGCAGUGGUGGCUCGGCUGGAGAAACAGAACGGCCUGAGCGUGAGCCACAGCACUUGUCCGGAAGAGGUCUUCAUGGAGGCCUCGCCGGGCUUGGAGGAUAUGGACAGUCUGGAGGAUGCCGUUGUGCCCCGGGCUCUGUAUGAGGAGCUGCUGCGCAACUACCAGCAACAACAGGAGGAGAUGCGCCACCUCCAGCAAGAGCUGGAGCGGACUCGGAGGCAGCUGGUGCAGCAGGCUAAGAAGCUAAAGGAGUAUGGGGCACUCGUGUCUGAAAUGAAGGAGCUCCGUGACCUCAACCGCAGGCUCCAGGAUGUGCUGCUCCUGCGACUUGGCAGCGGGCUGAAGAAUUUACUGUGGCACCACUAUGGAGAUGGAUGGGAGAGAACCAGAUUGAAGUCACAGCUAGACUGGAUCUUUUCUUUUGUCCAACGACCUUCUCUCAUGGGAGGAAGACAAGACUUUACAAAGGGGAUCUUAUCUUGCCAAAGAAGACUCAAAGGUCCUGCCAUUGACUUGGAAAAAGUAAAGUCAGAAUGUCUCGACCCCGAGCCGGAGUUACGGAGCACUUUCAGUGAGGAAGCAAAUACGUCGUCCUAUUACCCGGCUCCUGCACCUGUCAUGGACAAGUAUAUCCUAGACAAUGGCAAGGUCCAUCUGGGAAGCGGGAUUUGGGUUGAUGAGGAGAAAUGGCACCAGCUGCAAGUAACCCAAGGAGAUUCCAAGUACACGAAGAACUUGGCAGUCAUGAUUUGGGGAACAGAUGUUCUGAAAAACAGAAGCGUCACAGGAGUCGCCACAAAAAAAAAGAAGGAUGCAGUCCCAAAGCCACCCCUCUCACCUCACAAACUAAGCAUUGUCAGAGAGUGUUUGUAUGACAGAAUAGCACAAGAAACUGUGGAUGAAACUGAAAUUGCACAGAGACUCUCCAAAGUCAACAAGUACAUCUGUGAAAAAAUCAUGGAUAUCAAUAAAUCUUGUAAAAAUGAAGAACGAAGGGAAGCAAAAUACAAUUUGCAAUAAACUUCAGAUUUUUCAUAAAGCCUUUGUGUUUUCCUUGCGCGGCAUGCGAUCUGCAGGCAAUGGUGCUACCCAAAUCGUUCCCCGCUGAGCACGAUGGUGUGCUGGUAGGGACCUGGUAGGGCUCUGGGAUCAAGGCUCGCUGUGAACUUGGACUUCCUACUCCAGAGAAGGCAGAUGGAUUUGCUGGAAUUCAAGCAACAGCCUGGCGCCACCAGUGCCAGUCAUGUGGGGACUGGCACACACUCUUCUCAGGUGGUAAAGCGUCUCCGAGCUGCCUGUCACUUGACAAGGACUUUGAACUUAUAUUUUUGCC